AAGGGUAUUUAGCGGUCAUUAUCGUGGAUAUAAAAUAUUUCCUCCAUUUUAUUCCCCGCAUAUCCAACUGUCCAAUAAUCUUGCGACAUUAGUCUUCAUUAAUCACCAUUAAGCAUCCCCGUUCCCAGCAUCAUUAUAUCUGGAAAAGAUCGGACGGCCUAUGAUGCUACUAGAUAAAAUAGGCCGAAUUGCGGAGUAUUAUUCCUCACUUUCCCCGAAUGCUAUGCUCUUCCGAUAAAAAUGAAUCAGUAGAAUCACACCAAGGAGCUUCGUUCUCUUUUACACUCUCCUGCACUCAGGCUUUUCUCUUUCUGGAAUCAUUUUUCGGCGUUCUGACACCGGAGAAUUGUUGUUGGGUUCAGGCGAGGAGGAUGGGAUCGGCGGUGCUGUCGGAGUUGGGGACGGAGAUACUGGUGCCGGUGUGCGCGGUUGUUGGCAUCGCCUUCUCAUUAAUACAGUGGUUCUUGGUCUCGCGCGUGAAGCUCACGGCGGAGCGCCACGCGCCGGGUGGUGCUAACAAGAAUGCGUACAAUGAUUACUUGAUUGAAGAAGAGGAAGGUCUUAAUGACCACAGCGUUGUGGCCAAGUGCGCUGAUAUACAGUGUGCAAUCUCUGAAGGUGCCACCUCUUUUCUGUUCACUGAAUAUCAAUACGUCGGGAUGUUCAUGGUGGCUUUUGCAAUUCUCAUCUUCCUUUUCCUGGGUUCUGUUGAGGGAUUUAGCACAAAGUCCCAACCAUGUACUUAUGAUAAAGAGAAGACGUGCAAGCCAGCACUUGCUACUGCAAUAUUCAGCACUGUCUCAUUUUUGCUUGGUGCUUUCACCUCAGUUGUCUCUGGUUUCCUAGGGAUGAAAAUUGCUACCUAUGCCAACGCAAGAACAACUCUGGAAGCUAGAAAGGGUGUUGGCAAGGCUUUUAUUACUGCAUUUAGGUCUGGUGCAGUAAUGGGUUUUCUCCUUGCUGCAAAUGGUCUAUUGGUACUCUACAUUGCUAUAAAUCUCUUCAAGCUGUACUAUGGGGAAGAUUGGGAAGGCCUCUUUGAAUCUAUUACUGGUUAUGGUCUUGGGGGUUCUUCCAUGGCUCUCUUUGGAAGGGUUGGUGGUGGUAUUUAUACCAAAGCUGCUGAUGUUGGUGCUGAUCUUGUGGGAAAGGUUGAAAGAAACAUUCCAGAAGAUGAUCCUAGAAACCCAGCUGUCAUUGCUGACAAUGUUGGUGACAAUGUUGGAGAUAUUGCUGGUAUGGGGUCUGAUCUUUUUGGCUCAUAUGCCGAGUCAUCAUGUGCUGCCCUUGUUGUUGCCUCCAUCUCCUCUUUUGGAAUCAACCAUGAGUUCACUUCAAUGUUAUAUCCUUUGCUCAUUAGUUCUGUGGGUAUCCUUGUUUGUUUGAUUACAACCCUCUUCGCCACUGAUUUCUUUGAAAUCAAGGCUGUAAAGGAAAUUGAACCAGCAUUGAAGAAGCAGCUUAUUAUCUCCACUAUUCUGAUGACUGUGGGCAUUGCAAUUGUAACCUGGAUUGGCUUGCCUUCAUCUUUCACAAUUUACAAUUUUGGAACUCAGAAGGUUGUCAAGAACUGGCAGUUGUUCUUGUGUGUGGCUGUUGGUCUCUGGGCUGGACUUAUUAUUGGAUUUAUUACCGAGUACUACACCAGCAAUGCAUACAGCCCUGUGCAAGAUGUUGCCGACUCUUGCAGGACAGGAGCCGCCACAAAUGUCAUCUUUGGCCUUGCCUUGGGAUACAAAUCUGUCAUCAUUCCAAUUUUUGCCAUUGCAGUUAGUAUUUUUGUUAGUUUUAGUUUUGCAGCCAUGUAUGGCAUUGCUGUGGCCGCUCUUGGAAUGUUAAGCACUAUUGCCACUGGAUUGGCCAUUGAUGCUUAUGGUCCCAUCAGUGACAAUGCUGGGGGCAUUGCUGAGAUGGCUGGUAUGAGUCACCGCAUCCGUGAACGAACUGAUGCACUUGAUGCAGCUGGCAACACUACUGCUGCUAUCGGGAAGGGAUUUGCCAUUGGAUCUGCUGCACUAGUAUCUUUGGCAUUGUUCGGUGCUUUUGUGAGCCGUGCAUCUAUUUCAACAGUUGAUGUCUUGACCCCGAAGGUCUUCAUCGGUCUGAUCGUGGGUGCUAUGCUUCCGUACUGGUUCUCUGCCAUGACCAUGAAGAGUGUGGGAAGUGCAGCUUUGAAGAUGGUUGAGGAGGUUCGCAGGCAGUUCAACACCAUUCCUGGUCUCAUGGAGGGUCAUUCCAAGCCUGAUUAUGCUACCUGUGUCAAGAUAUCUACUGAUGCAUCCAUCAAGGAGAUGAUUCCACCAGGUGCUCUUGUCAUGCUUACACCCCUCAUUGUUGGAACCUUCUUUGGCGUUGAGACUCUUUCUGGUGUUUUGGCUGGUUCUCUUGUUUCUGGUGUUCAGAUAGCAAUUUCUGCAUCUAACACAGGUGGUGCAUGGGAUAAUGCCAAGAAGUAUAUCGAGGCUGGUGCUUCAGAGCAUGCAAGGACGCUAGGCCCAAAAGGUUCAGAGCCACACAAAGCAGCAGUGAUUGGUGAUACCAUUGGUGACCCACUGAAGGACACCUCAGGCCCAUCACUCAACAUCCUCAUCAAGCUCAUGGCUGUGGAAUCUCUUGUCUUUGCUCCCUUCUUUGCCACUCAUGGUGGUCUGCUUUUCAAGAUAUUCUGAAGGGGGAGGAUUAUGAUGCAGACGUAGGGAAGGACAGUUGUUAUAACAUUGCUUUCUCUUGUAGAAUCCUCAUCCACCCUCAAUUCUACUUCUGCAUUUAUCUUUUGUCCCAUUUAAUGGGAUUUUUAAGCUAGUUUUCCUAGUUUAGUGAAAAUGCUAUUUUUGAUGGGAUGAUGAUGAUGACAAUUAAAGAUGGUUCGAAUGGUGGCGAGAAAAAUGGUCAUUGGUUGCAAAGUUGCAAGUGGUGUCAGUCAUGUCUAGGAGAGCUUGAGAAUUUGAUACAUUUAAUCUUUAGUUCGGGAACAACUUGCGUUUUAAAAUUUUGAAUUGUUACCCUCUUCCUUUGAUGAAGGAUGGCAUUUUGGACUUGAUAAAUUGAGGUUGUUUGCUUGGGGGUUCUGUA